GCGGCGACUCGGCGCAUGCGCCUCCCCCUGCGAGAGGAGGCUGUGGUCGUUGUCCGCUUGCGCGCGCGCCGCUGCUCCCUCUGGCGGCGCCCCAGGAGCCGGGCACUCGCUCGGCGAAGGUUCCGGAGCCUGCGCUCGCCCCCGCCCCCGCCCGCGCGCGGCCCCCGCCCGCCCGCGCGCGCGCUCUCUCCUGUCCCUCCCCCGCUCCCCCCCCUCCCCCUUCCAGCCGGCUUCGCUGCGCGUCUCCAGCGAGCUCCCCCUGCAGCAGCCGCGGCGGCAGAUAACUUUUGCAACAGGAUGGCUGAGCCACGUCAGGAUUUCAAUAUGAUGGAAGACCAUUCGAUGAGCCAAGCUAAGCAGAUCCCGUCAGGCUAUCCCCUGCAGAUACCGGUUGAUGAUGGAUCAGAUGAACCCAUUUCCGAGACCUCUGAUGCUAAGAGCACUCCAACUAUGGAAGAUGCCACGGCCCCGUUAGUGGAGGAGAGAGCACAUGAGGAUCGGAUUGCAGCUCGGCAGCACGAGGAGAUACCCGAGGGAACCACAGCUGAGGAAGCAGGUGUGGGAGCUACUCCUAACCUUGAGGAUCAAGCUGCAGAAGAUGGUGCUCAAGAGGAGCUGAGCUCCCCAAGGCUAUGGGAGAGUGUGGAACCUGGAGUUCAGGAGCCUGUGGCAAGUGAGAUUCAGCCAGAAAAACAAGCAGCUCGUAUUGACAGUAAAGACAAAGAUGGAACUGAUACUGAAGAGAAAAAGCCUAAGACAUCCACACCUUCCUCUGCCAAACCCCUGAAAGGUAGAUCCUCCAUUACCCCCCAACGACCCUCCUCUGUUAGUACAACCCCUUUGAAAAACCCCUCCAGUCCUGCUGAGUCCUCAGUACCAGCUUCCACUCCUAAACGAGUCUCUUCUAUCACAUCCCGACCUGCCAGUACAGGAACAAAAGAAACCAAGCCAAAGGGUCCAGAGAUGAAAAGCGGAAUGAAGAUGGCUGCUCCCAGGUCUGCAGCACAGACUCAAAAAAGCCCAGCCAACGCUACCCGGAUCCCGGCAAAAACGCCCACGACCCCCAAGACGCCUCCCAAUGCUGCUGGCAGGAAGGAGCAGAGAAAGCCACCUACCACAGCAGCAAAAUCUGAGAAAGGUGAACCAGCGAAGUCUGGAGACAGAAGUGGUUACAGCAGCCCUGGCUCACCCGGGACCCCCGGCAGCCGUUCCCGCACGCCCUCCCUGCCAACUCCCCCGAACCGGGAGCCCAAGAAGGUGGCAGUGGUUCGCACACCACCGAAAUCCCCUGCUUCUGCCAAGAGCCGCCUGCAGACUUCUACUGCCCCCAUGCCUGAUCUGAAAAAUGUCAGGUCCAAGAUUGGUUCCACUGAAAACCUGAAGCACCAGCCAGGAGGUGGAAAGGUGCAGAUAAUGAAUAAGAAGCUGGAUCUUAGCAACGUUCAAUCCAAGUGUGGCUCAAAGGAUAAUAUCAAACACAGCCCUGGAGGAGGCAGUGUGCAAAUUGUUUACAAGCCUGUAGACCUGAGCCAUGUGACAUCCAAAUGUGGUUCCUUGGGCAACAUUCAUCAUAAACCAGGUGGUGGCCAGGUGGAGGUGAAAUCGGAGAAACUGGACUUCAAAGAGAAGGUGCAAUCGAAAAUUGGGUCGUUAGAUAACAUUAGCCAUGUCCCUGGAGGAGGGAAUAAAAAGAUCGAGUCUCACAAGCUGACCUUCCGCGAGAAUGCCAAAGCCAAGACUGACCACGGAGCCGAAAUAGUCUACAAGUCACCCACCGUCUCUGGAGAUGCCUCCCCCCGUCGCCUUAGCAACGUCUCCUCCACUGGCAGUAUCAACAUGGUGGACUCCCCCCAGCUGGCCACGCUAGCUGACGAAGUGUCCGCUUCCCUGGCCAAGCAGGGCUUGUGAUCGCCUGGCCGCGGGCGGAGAGAAGAGAAGAGAAAUCAAUCUGGCCUUCUUCCUCUGUUCCUUUUACAACUACUGCCCCCUCCCCCUGCCCCCCAAAUGGGUAAUGAUUUAACCUACUUUCACUGUCCAUUCAGCUCUGGCUCCAGGACUUCAAAAUCAGUAACAGCAUUAGAUAUAAACCCUCGCCUUCCCCAGGUGAUCUUAGCCCAGUAUAAAGGAACGUGAUCACACCCACACAAAGGGAGUUUGGUUUCUGGAGAGGGUGGUGCUGCUUAAAUUUAACUUAACUUCAAGGUACAAGGCUGUUUCCCCCAGCGCCAUUUCAGCCAGACUGAUCCCCAGCCCCCCAAGAUACAGUGAGCCCGGCACCUCCCCACCUCUAACAACAUCCCUGGUUGCUUUCCAGCACCCCCACCCACCCCCAGGCCACUGGUUUGCUUAAAACAUGUUUCAUUGUCCCAGCAAUUUCCUGGGGGCAACCGCCCCCUGCUGGGGAGCAUGAGGCACAGCCCUCACCAUGGAAAUGGAGUCAUGACAAUGGAAAUCUCAUGUUUGCAGUGUUGGUCCCAGGAUAUGAGAGAGACCAAGAUGGGUGAGGUAAAAGCUUUUACUGGACCAGCUCUGGUUGGUGAGAGAGACAAGUUUUCGAGCUACACAGAACUCUUCUCUCCGGUCUGGGAAAGGUACUUGGUGUUACAGCUGAGUAACUGCGAGCACCUUUCCCGGACCUGAGGAAGAGCUCGGUAUAGCUGGAAAAUGUGUCUCUCCCACUGCCAGAAGCUGGUCUAGUAAAAGCUGUUACCUCACCCACUUGCCUCUCUGAUGAAAAUCUCAGACUAGUUAAUACGAUGUAGAAACCCAGAGACAGUAUGGGAGGCCACCCACCUUCCUGGCCACUGACUUCUUGGGUUGGGAUGUGACAGAAACACCCUUUUUUCUCCCCUGGAAUUUGGCCCCGAAGCUACUUGGAUUCCUGGUCACAGGCUGGGACCCAGGCUCCGACUGUCUCUCCUCUAAUUAAAGGGCACCAGCCUUAUUCCUUACACCCAGCAAAACUGACUUUCAGGUCCUGGGAGCCCACAGCUUCCCUACACGUGGUGCGAAUGCCACACCCUGAAGGGUGUAGGUCUAGUAGCCACGGCAAACUCGCUGUUCUCAGAGCUGGUUGCUUUGUCUAGGCAAGGAUCUCGACUGCUCUCUGGUUUCACUAACGUGUGGUUUUGGGGCUCCUCCUUUUAACUCAUAUUAAUGACAACAACUGGUGACUCUUCUCCCAGGCUGUUCCUCUUACAAAAGGAUUUCAGCCUUCAACCCGGGCCUCUAGGGGCAAGGCCUGCUCCCACCACUACUCUUCUCCUGGGCUGAGGGUUCUUACCCUGCUCAAUUUUAUGGCCUUGGGCAUCUAUCCAGUUCACCGCCCUCUUCCUCCUGUCCCGCUCCCACUCCUGCCAGCGUGUGUCCUGUGCACUGUGUGGUCUGGGGUGCAGGUAACCCCGGAGCACGGUCCCUCUGCAAGGCAACAACAUGCUGUAAACACUGGGUGAGUGGGUUGGGGGACCUGCUGCAAGAAAGAGCAGAGUGCUGGGGCUAUGCUGACCCAUCUGAAUUCCUAAGGAAUAUUGUGAGGACGGGGGGAUGGCUGGAAUUUGUUUCCCUCACUGCAUACCUGUAGGCUUUCUGUUCCUCCCAUGGUACGAGGCUACAGCCAUGCUUGUCUGUGUCUGUCUGACUGAUUGAUGUGGGCUUGAAUUCUGUGAGGCUGGCCGCACAGAUUUCUCAACUUGUGUGUCAGUUUCUGAGAAGCUGCCCUAGCCGUGAGGCCGUUGCAGAGUGAAAGUUCUCUUGCCCUGAGCUGAAUUAAUAGAGGACUUUCAUGUUCUGUGCUGUCUUCCAGUAGAAAAGGGAGUCUCUUGAGUUAGACACGUCUGGGACAGCUAAGAGCUGCGGGAUUUGAAUUCUCCAUCUUGUUAGCAUAACAAUUACUAGAGUGAAGGCACGUUUCUGUGGUCAGAGCAGUGGAUAGAGGGUGACAAAGCAGCAGACAGAUGGAAAGAGCAUCAUUAUUUCACCUCGCAAUUUUGGAAGGAAAUCUUUAUGUCCAGGAGAUAAGAUGUGCCUGAAGAUAGAAAUUGGGCUUCCCUCUUCUUAAACCCAACUGCCUGCCCAUAAAUCCCUCCCUUACACCCCCAGGUGGCCCCUGCCUCUUUUAAGCUCCAAAAGCUGGCUCCAUGCGGUGGUAAUGAUGACACUAGGGAUUAUCACUUCAUUUAGCAAAGGGAUGCUCUCGACGUGUAUCCCUCCCGCCCUAGUUUUGUCGGAGUGGUGCAUUUAUGCUGGAGCUGUUGAGUAGAUGAGUCUAGGAUUUUUUCUUUGGCAUACCCUAGUGUUGUAUAGUGGGAUUUGUCUGUAUAUGCUUGGAAAUCACCAGGGUGAUGAUUGUUCUGUAAAAAGCAUGUGUUGUAAAAUUCAGUAGGUAGGUUUUGAACUGCCCCGUGCGCUCAGUACUGAGCUAGAAUUCAGCCAAAGCGACUCUCGCUGCUGUUCGUUUAAUCAGAAAAGAGUGAGAGCAAAUCUGGCUAAGUCCAGAGACAAAUGCAGUCAGCACUAACCCGGUAGCAGCUCAUGAUGGGAAAUGUGUUUCCAGAAGCUGGAGGGUUCUGGCCCUAUGAGCUGUGUAUGUUUUCUGGGAAUUUGGCCUGCAAAGGACAGAGAAGACUCUGGAAGUUCAUCGCAGAAGGUGAUUGCACUGCUUAGCUGCUGAAAUUGUCCUGCUAGAUAAUUGGGUCACUGAGCCCAACCCUUCAUCCUGUGCAGGACUAGGCUGUACAUGUCCUCUGAGACUUUUUCCAGUCUUCAUUAGAUGCCCCCAGGUGAUGAGGCUGCCUUGGCUUCAUAGCCACUGCCCAGGAAAAGCUUUCCCAAAGCCAAGUGCUGUCGUGGCGAUGGGAGUUCUGCAGGCCUGGUGAUCACUUUUCUCUGGAUCACAUUUGAACCCUUGAGUGCUAUAGAUCCCAGCAGCAUUUUAAUGGACUUCAAACUUUAAAAAGGAGCAAAGCGGAUCCCCUCCUGUUACACCCACUGAGCACUUGGUAUUUUGUUGCUCAGCCUCCCAGUGAUCUCUCGUAAGCACUUCCAGUCCCUGACACCCGUGUACUGCCCUCCUUUGCAGAUGAGGAAAAGGAGGCAGGCCGGAGGAGUGAUUUGCCCAAAGCGUCAGUCAUUGAGCUGGGAUUAGAAUUUGGGGAGCCUAGGGCUCAAACCAGUAAAGCCUUUGAUUUCACAGGAGCACUGUUUCCUCCGUUACCCAGUGACCCGCUGGUGGGAGAAGCAGAGGGCAGCUCUGUUGCGUCUUCUGAAGCUCCAGCUGCUAGUUCCCACCCUGUGUAAUGUCCAGCUUGAGGCUGGGAGCAAGGCUCACUUCUGUGCCAGUGACUAUGGGGACUGUGAUCAAAGACCAUUAAAGCUGACUCCCCAGGGCAGCCCAUUGGCUGCGUAAGGCAGAAGACACUUUAAUGUUUGGAAGUGGUGUGUUAGUCACAUCCUGUGGCUCCACCAUUAACCACCUCAGCUUCUCUGGGGUCUUUGUGAGCUUACCAGACCCCUCAUGCCCCCCUGGUGUGAGUGCAGCUAUUCGGGAGGUCAGAGGCCAGGGAGUGAGACACUCACUGCUAGACGUGGGGGUGGGGUGUCUGUGAUACAGUAACUCCUCACUUAACCUUAUGUUCCUGAAAAAUGCAACUUAAAGCAAAAUGAUGUUAAGCGAAUCCAGUUUUCCCAUAAGAACUAAUGUAAAUAGGGGAACAAAAGACUGUGUGUGUAAGUUUUAAACAAUUUAUGAUGAUGAGUGUGAAGCUUGGUUGAGGUGGUGGGAUAUUUCCCAAGGAAUGCCUUACUGCUAAAUGAUGAACUAGCAAUUGGCUGAGCCCUCAAGGGUUAACUCGUUGUUAAUGGAGCCUCACACUCUACAAGGCAGCAGGAAUGGAGGGAGGGGAGAGACACACCCUGUGUGUGUGUGAGAGAUGUGCAUUGCCCCUUUAAGUAACUGACCCACUCUUAAGUACACUGCCUUGUUAAGUUAAUCAGCAAGCUGAGAUGGCAGCAGCUGCUGCCAGGAAGCUCCCUCUGUCCUGAGCCCUGUUGUGUCUCCCCUGCUCUACGGAGAUGGGGUAAGCGGGUUGCCGGAGCAGGGGGACACCCUGACAUUAGCCCCUUCUGCCCCCAGCAAGCAGGAGGCUCUGGAGAGCAGGUCCCAGGCAAAGGGCGGGUGCAGCACAUGGGCGUUGGGGGAGGGAGAGCUGAACUGCUGGCAAUUGAUAGCCCAGGGCUGCUGCACAGGGAAGUGGGGAGCUGAGGGUCCACCCCGGUUCCAGGCCCCCAGCAGGCUGCUCUUCCUGCAAGCAGGCGGCUGCACAACUGUAAAUGAGCACACUCCCCCCAUCGAUCGGGUUAAGCAGGACGCCUUUAAGGGAGGAGUUGCUGUACCAUGUCCAGGCACUGGGCUUGGGGGCUGUGGGGUGAGAGGGCCACACGCACAGCUGGCAGGAUGGGGCUGCCUGAAGGCGAGCUCAGGAUUAAAUGGCUGCCAGGAACUAGCGCGUUAGUCUGGGGGCAGCGUCUUCCCUGGAGAGAGGCUGAUUUCGGAAUUGUAAGGGGAAAAGAAAACUCCCGGAAGUUGGGUGGCUUCGUGGGGCUUUCAAGUGUAAAUCGUGGGAAAGUAGGUGAGCUGCUCCAGGCCCUUCUGCCACCGUUGCACAUGCCCCCCGUGGCCGAGCUGCGGAGAAGAGCCUUAAAGGAAAGCUGCCCUUCAAAAUAAAAAGAGCGGAGCUGCCAGGGGAGCCCGGAAGUCCAGAGUUGCUUCGGGUUUGCACCAUUCGAGCCCUUUGUUUUAGCCGCUUGUUUACGCAACCCUGAGUGCAAAUUAAGGUUAAAACAAGAAACUAUCCCUCUCUCGCUGCUUUAGUUGCUAUGGCAACCUAUUUGGACCAAGAAGGAGGUCACUGGCCUUGGCUGAUGCUUGCCGGCCCUUGCCCGGCUGCGCAUGCAGUUCCGCCUGGCACCUUUUGCCACACCGAAGAGGCUUCGAUCUGCUUCUGAGCUAGCUUUCCUUCCCCAAGGGUGGGGCCUUCUGAGGAGGAGAUGUCAGUGUUCGGGAAAUCGGCGGGGGAUACCCCCGCCCCGUUCCCCCACUGCCACAGCCUGGGCGUACCCAGCAAGGUACCUGGCUUGGGCCCCCGCCGUGCUCGGUGGCAGGACUUCAAACAGCCCGACCCUUUCACGGGCCUGCUGUUUUACUGUGUAGACCUGCGUCCAGCAGCCCUUUGCCAGUGCGAGUCGGAACGGCAGGGUGCCAGCAAGUCUGGCUUUGCUCGGGGGCCACGUUUGCAAUAGGCUGCUCUGUUUUAGAGGCACAGGGCUAUUGCUUCCUAGCUCGUAGUCCGGUAGCUUGUUUGCCUGGUUUGUUGCAACCUUAUCUCCUGUAUGAUGAGCAGAGGCAGCCCUGAGUUUAGUAUCAAACAGAGAUCAUCCCGCCCUCUACUAGCAUCAGUCUCACCAGAGGUAAGGGCAGGAUAUGGAGCAGGCUGCUGCUCUUGUACCAAAACAACUGAGCAAGCAGGAGUCUGAGCCCUGGUGCAGCUGUUGGCUCUGGUGUAUGGCCUAACCCCCUGAGGGAAUGAGCUACUCCUAAAGCAGCUCAGUGGCAGGUACCAGGAUGGGUAAACUGCAUUCCAGCUGGCUGGGUGAAGGAUGUUGCCACAGUGUUUUCCUUCUUAUAAUUACAUUGACUGAGCUAAAUUUCAGUUUUAGAUGUUUAAGGGGGGAGGGAUCGCUCAGCGGUUUGAGCAUUGGCCUGCUAAAGCCAGGGUUGUGAGUUCAAUACUUGAGGGGGGCCAUUUAGGGAUCUGGGGCAAAAAUUGGGGAUUGGUCCUGCUUUGAGCAGGGGGUUGGACUAGAUGACCUCCUGAGGUCCUUUCCAACCCUGAUAGUCUAUAAGCUGUGAAUCAGUUCAGCUGGUGUGGUGGGUGGCACAAAUUCGAGCCUGGAGUUUCUAGCCCUGAGCAAUGGUAUGAUUUCUCUAGGCUGCCAGUACAGCCAGCUGUCUCUGUUGCUCAUUCUGAUCAGUCCUUCAGGAACCAAGAGGAGUCUGGGGAGGUUGCCUGAAGGACUGGCUCAGCUUGGAAAGGGGAAAGGGAGAUGCUAGCUGGGGUGUUGAGGGCAAGCAAGUCAGCCUGUUGGCCAACACUUAUUUCCACUGGGAUCUCCCCAUUCGCUGUUUGCACUCAGUAGGCAACCAAUGCUGUGGCUCGAAUGCUUGCUGAGGAUGGCAAGGGUCACACGCCAGCCUGCAUUCACUGUCAAUAGUUCCCCUUCAACGGACUCUAUGAUUGUCAGAGCCUGUCAAGUCUGUGAUGAUCUUUGUAUCAUUGUGGGAUGAUAGGAACCCUAGGAUAUUUCUGUCCUAUGUAAAUGAGCAACUGGGAGACCCAGUGAACAAAUCAGUUCACCCAUUUUAACCCUCUUCUGCUUCAGCCUGGGCACCUGCAGUGCUGUUAAUCUAAAACUCUCCUUAGGCCACACUGUACGCAGUGGAAGUUGGCUAAGUCAGGGCUUGCUGCAGGCCCCUGCCACUUCCCAACACCAACACCGUUGCAGCCUGGCCUGGGCAGAGGUGCUUGGCUUUGGCAGAGUCAGCACCCAGUUAUUUUAUAAUGUAGAUAGCUGGAGUUCAGGAAUGGGGGUUUUAGUUUUAUUAACCCUUAGAACCCUGGCCUGAAUGUCAGUUGUUGGAAGCUUACAGAGAUCUGCGGCCUCAACCCCCUUCCCCGCUGUUCCAACUUCCCACAGUCAGUCCUCGAAGCUGCAGUCAUUGCUGUGUCUAGAGCUUCUCUCCCUGACCUUUCCAGCCCCCUGCUAUGCUUUACCCUCUCCAGAUGGGUCCCAGCCCUUCAUUGCAGCACCCAGACACUUAUCUUCCAGCAAAGUAGCUAGGCCCAGUUCCCACCCUAACUCUCUAUUCUCCAAGAGCCCAAGCCUGACCUCCCAGACCAUAGAACAUGGUCAUUUUAUAGACAUCACCUACCUGGUCCUUAAGCCAAGGCCUGAGAUUUACUGCUAAAGGAUGGUUCUGUUCCUUUGCUACAACACCCAUCUUGGUCUGAAAAGGGUUAAAACUGGUACUAUAGAACCGUAUUUCUGAAUUGGGGGAAGGGAUAGCUCAGUGGUUUGAGCAUUGGCCUGCUAAACCCAGGGUUGUGAGUUCAAUCCUUGAGGAGGCCAUUUAGGGAUCUGGGUCACCCUCUAACUACUUUGAGCAGGGGGUUGGACUAGAUGACCUCCUGAGGUCCCUUCCAACCCUGGUAUUCUAUGAACUCCAAAAAAUGCUCCCUGCAGGCAUUUGAAGUGGCAAAAGGGCAAUUCUGGUAUUUGCAAUCCUGUGAUUCCCUUUUGAAUUUUGCGGGGGGGAUGGGGUAGGAGGGCUUAAUCUCUGUAUGAUCAUCCUAGCUUAGCUUCCUGUUUGUGACUGUCCCUAGUGUAGUGUGUGUUUUAACAACUGGUUUACACGGAUCGUUGCUGUAAACGUGAAUUUGGAAAUAAAGUCAUUACUACAACAAAA